UCUUACUUCACUUGGAAACUGAAAUCUAAAGGCACCAUUUUGCGAAAUGAACUAGGCUUAUCCUGAUACUGGUUCCCCCACUUAUUUAUUCUUCCGAGCCCACUAUCUAUUCUCAAAAGGUCAUUGCUGCCAUGACAUUAGCCACCACUCAUUCCUUUGCAUGGCUUGCCACUGGAUUUGUACUGGGACUCAUUUGCGUUAGUUUUCUGCAACCAUGGAGCAGUUUAUAUUGUACCAGUCUGCCUCGCCGUGUUCGUCAUGGCGUGAGAUCUCCCUCCUCAGUAAUGCAGUUUGGAGAUCCAGGACCCUUUGAUGAGCUAUUGGUGCGUUCAGCUUAUACCGCCAAAUUCGAUCGACGCGAUCGUAUUCCACGCUGGGUCGGUGAACAUCUGACGGCCGAAAGCUUAAAAGCGUCACCGGAAGUUGACCGGCAUAAAGCUAAUUUCCGAGAAGACGACGCCGUUGCUGCGCUCUUUCACGCUCAUCUGAGAGACUAUAUCGGAAGUGGAUAUGAUCGCGGUCAUAUGGCUCCUGCCGCCGAUGCCAUGAUGUCUCAGGAAGCCAUGGACGAGACGUUCCUGCUAUCAAACAUCGCCCCGCAAGUGGGUGUCGGGUUCAAUCGGCAUUAUUGGGCUUAUGUGGAAGACUUCUGCCGUCAAUUGACUCUAAAUUUUACCGAUGUGUUUGUGUAUACGGGUCCCUUGUUUUUGCCCCAGCCGAUAUCCACUGAACCUCAGGAUCCAUAUGCAGCAGGCGACGACGAUGAUAAUCAUUGGAUGUCGGUUAUGACAAGACGAAAACCAAAGACCAAAUUGAAGUGGGAGAUGCGCUACGAGGUACUGGGCAGAAUACCCAACAUUGCUGUCCCUACCCACUUCUUCAAAAUCAUUCUCGCUGUGUCAGACAGCGGGCACAUGGUCGGCAGUUUUGUAUUACCGAACAAGGCGAUCGAUCACAACACGGCCUUGACGACUUUCCAGGUGGAACUGAGCGCCAUUGAAAAGGCUUCCGGACUUCAAUUCUUUGAUAGACUGGAUAGAAAACAAUUCAAGAAUCUCUGCGAUUAUAUUACAUGUAAAGUAUGAUAAAAUGAG